CAAGAAAAGGAAAGUAUCUAUUGCAGAACGAUUGGAAUCUCUAAUAAGCAAAGUGGGAGAAAAGAGUCCUUUCUCUUUGGAAAGUAGAAUAGAAGGCUUGGCUGGAGUUUUGGAGGCAGAUCUACCAAACUACAAAAGCAAAAUACUGAAACUCCUUUGCACAGUUGCACGUCUGUUACCACAGAAGAUGACCAUUUAUACAACUCUUGUUGGCUUGCUGAAUGCCAGAAACUACAAUUUUGGUGGAGAGUUUGUAGAAGCAAUGAUACGUCAACUGAAAGAAUGUUUGAAAGCCAACCUGUACAAUGAAGCUAUCUAUUUAGUGCGCUUUUUUUCUGAUCUUGUGAACUGUCACGUAAUAGCUGCACCCUCAAUGGUAGCCAUGUUUGAGAAUUUCGUCAAUGUGACGCAAGAGGAGGACGUACCUCAGGUGCGAU